GGCACGCUAACGUGCUUGCGCCAAAGCGCCGCGUCGCGGAGGCUACAAGAACGUGAUGACGCAAGACGCUCUUCCUUUCCUCCUUUCUCGUUAACUAAAAGAUUUAAAAUGAAGACCAUUCUCAGCAACCAGACAGUCGACAUCCCUCAGAAAGUUGACAUUACUCUGAAGGGCCGGACAGUUAUUGUGAAGGGCCCUAGAGGAACCCUGCGAAGGGACUUCAACCACAUCAAUGUGGAGCUUUCUCUUUUGGGAAAGAAACGAAGGAAGCUGCGUGUUGACAAAUGGUGGGGUAACAGAAAGGAGUUGGCAACAGUCCGUACAAUUUGCAGUCAUGUACAAAACAUGAUCAAGGGUGUCACACUGGGCUUUCGUUACAAGAUGAGGUCUGUGUACGCUCAUUUCCCCAUCAACGUGGUUAUACAGGAGAAUGGCUCACUUGUGGAAAUCCGUAACUUUCUUGGCGAGAAAUAUAUCCGUCGAGUGCGCAUGAGGCCAGGUGUAAAUUGUGCGGUAUCCCAAGCCCAGAAGGAUGAGCUGAUCCUUGAAGGAAAUGACAUUGAAUUGGUAUCUAACUCUGCGGCCUUGAUUCAGCAGGCCACCACAGUGAAGAACAAAGAUAUCAGAAAAUUCUUGGAUGGUAUCUAUGUUUCUGAGAAAGGAACAGUACAACAGGCAGAUGACUAAAACUGAUAGGUUCUGAAAUGACCAUCCAAGGACAACUUCAAUCCAGAUCAGGAGUCAGCUGUGUCAGCUGAAUACUUUGAUACUGUUUGAAGAUGGGAAAAAAUAAACUUUAUCUUCAGUA